AUGAAUCAAAGGAAAAAUGUGACUUACUUUGUCCUCUUGGGCCUCACACAGAAUCCAAAGGAACAGAAACUCUUUUUUGUUAUGUUCUUGCUCUUCUGUAUUUUGACUAUGGUGGGCAACCUGCUCAUUAUAGUGACUAUAACUUUCAGUAAGACCCUGAACUCACCUAUGUACUUUUUUCUUGCUAGCUUAUCAUUUAUGGAUGCCACUUUUUCCUCAGUCAUUACCCAGAUUUCAGACUUGUUCUUUGAGACAAAUACUAUAUCCUCCCAAUCACGUAUGACUCAGCUCUUUACAGAGCAUUUAUUUGGUGGAUCAGAGAUCUUUCUUCUGUUAGCGAUGGCCUAUGACUGCUAUGUGGCCAUCUGCAAGCUAUUGCAUUAUUUGGUUAUCAUGAGGCAAUGGGUGUGUGUUGUGCUGCUGGUAGUGUCCUGGGUUGGAGGUUUCCUGCCUUCCAUAAUUCAACUUAGCACUAUUUAUGAGCUCCCAUUCUGUGGCCCCAAUAUCACUGACCACUUCAUCUAUAACAUGUACCCCCUAUUGGAACUUGUCUUUGCUGACACAUAUGUCAUUGGCCUUUUAGUGGUGGCCCAUGGAGGGCUGAUCUGCUCUAUUGUGUUUCUGCUCCUACUCAUCUCUUAUGGUGUCAUCUUGCACUCCCUCAAGAACCUUUGUCAGGAAGGGAGUAGGAAAGCCCUCCACACCUGUGGUUCCCAUAUCAAUGUGGUGGUCUUCUUUGUUCCCUGUAUUUUCAUGUAUGUAAGACCUGUUAAGACCUUUCCCAUUGACAAAUCACUGAGUGUAUUUUAUACAGUUGUAAAUCCCAUGAUGAACCCACUAAUCUAUACUCUGAGAAAUUCAGAGAUGACAAAUGCUAUGAAGAAGCUCUGA